AUGAAUUUCGAAAACACUUGCACCACGACUAAUAUCCAGUACACAGGCGCACAUGUUACGAUCUUUGCAAGACGCCGUGGACCGCUGGAAGAUGCGAAAAAGGAGAUAAUUAGCAACUGCACGGACGCGAGCCGGCAAGACAUCAACGCGGUGGCUGUGGACAUGGCCGAUGCUGCCGCAGUCGCAGACGCAUUCCGCUCCCAGCCUCGAAUCGCCGACUUCCUCUAUUGCUCCGCAGGCGGCAACCAUGCCGAGAACGGCUUCAUCGCGGAUCUGCAGGCCUCGCAGCUCGACUCGUGCAUGAAAAAUAACUACUACUCGACUGCGUAUGCGGCGAAAGCAAUGCUGGAUAUCUGGGUCCAGGCGGAUAAGCAGGAAUUCGCCGAUGACGUGACCAGACGGAUCUCAGAGCCCAGGAGGAGGAAGAUGGUGUUUGUCAACAGCGCAGCGGCCUUCUUGGGGAUCCCGGGGAGCGGUGCCUAUACGCCCGCCAAAGCCGCCGUCCGCGCUCUGGCAGACACCCUCCGGUUCGAGGUCCUGCGCCACAACUCCCCGCGCACCACGUACUCCAUCCACAUCGCCUUCCCCGCGGACUUCAUCUCUCCCGGCUUUGUGCUGGAGCAGGAUACCAAGCCGAACCUGACGAAGCGGAUCCAGGGCACCGACGUGGCGACAUUCGCGCAGCUGGAGGCGAAGUUCCCGUCGUCGGAGAAAGUGGCGCGCGGCAUCAUUGCGCGCGUGGAGAAGGGCGAUUUCAUCAUUUGUGAGGAUUCGCUGGCGGCGAGCUUCUUGUUUACGAACAUGGUUGGGCUGAGCCCGAAGAGAGGGCUUGGGAUUGUGGAUUCGCUCAUGGGUGUCGUUGUGGGAUGGUUGGUUGUACCGAUUCUGAGGAGGCGGUGGGAAAGGAUGUGUCGGCAGGAUGGGAGUAUGUAG